CAUCACUUGAUGUUGACGUCAGCAAACAGCUCUUCUCAUCCUGCAUCCUUCAUCCUGCUUGGAAUUCCAGGACUGGAGAAUUCCCAAUUUUGGAUUGCCUUUCCAUUCUGUGUCAUGUAUCUCGUGGCUGUAGUUGGCAAUAUCAUUAUCCUUCAUAUAAUCCGAACCGACCACACAUUGCAUGAGCCCAUGUAUCUUUUUCUGGCCAUGUUGGCUAUCACUGAUUUAGUCCUCUCCUCUUCCACUCAACCGAAAAUGUUGGCCAUACUCUGGUUUCAUGCACACGAGAUUGAAUAUCAUGCUUGCCUCAUCCAGAUGUUCUUCAUCCAUGCCUUCUCUUCAGUGGAGUCUGGGAUCCUCAUGGCUAUGGCCUUGGACCGCUACGUGGCUAUCUGCUUCCCGCUCCGGCACUCUAGCAUCCUCACCACAGCUGUAGUGGUUAAACUGGGGGCAGUCGUGAUGGUGAGAGGGCUGCUAUGGGUGAGCCCCUUCUGCUUCAUGGUCUCCAGGAUGCCCUUCUGCCCCAACAAGGUCAUUCCCCAAUCAUACUGUGAGCACAUGGCUGUGCUGAAGCUGGUGUGUGCUGAUACAAGAGUCAAUCGUGUGUAUGGGCUGUUUGGAGCCUUCUCUGUGGUUGGCUUUGAUAUAAUUGUCAUUGGUAUAUCCUAUGUGAUGAUUUUGAGAGCUGUGCUGCGGUUACCUUCAGGUGAAGCCCGCCUUAAGGCUUUUGGCACAUGUGCCUCUCAUAUCUGUGUAAUCUUGGCUUUUUAUAUUCCAGCCCUCUUCACAUUCCUCACCCACCGCUUUGGCCAUCAUGUGCCCCGAGUGGUACACAUCAUGUUUGCUAAUGUCUAUCUACUGGUACCUCCCAUGCUCAAUCCCAUCAUCUAUGGAGUUAGAACCAAACAGAUCAGGGACAGGGUUAUCCGAGCAUGUUGUGGGAAAGACCCCUGA